UUGUAAACAUCUCUACGAACUGCGUAGCUGUGCCGACACACUCCAGGCACUAUGAUCAUACACAAUCAGAUUGCAGAUUUCUACCGAUGAAGCUUUGACAAUGUGUUUUCGAGUGAAGAUGUUCAGACUGGAUUCCUGUUUGCUUUAUAUCUUUUACACCUGGAGCAUUUGGACUCUGGCUUCGACAACUGUAAAAUGCACUAAUCUGACUUUGGUUUGCACAAAGAGUAUCAUAAUUACAUCCCCGAACUAUCCUUUGCGUUACCCCAAUGGUGCAUCGGAGGAGUGGUUUAUCACAGCACCUCCUAAUAGGAGGAUUCUCGUCACUUUUAAUGACUUUAGCUUGGAAGAUACCCUUGACUUGAUUAUAAUUCGGGACAUGUCUGAUAUAAAGACCUACACAGGUGAGAAUAAGCAAUUCACUCCCUAUCUGACGUCAAGCCAUACUCUUCAUAUUGAGUUCACCUCAACUCGAAGUGGCAGAAGGACAGGAUUCAAUAUUACAGUCUCAUGUAACGAACUUUCAAAUGCCCUUUCUGGUCGUUUAAUGGACGGUGCUUCACCAGCAGAAGGAUUUCUCGAGCUACCCACACAAUCUGGUGAAUGGAAGAGAGUCUGUGAAGACAGCUUAGCCAAGAGUGUGGCAGGGGUGAUCUGUGGAGAACUUGGCUAUCCUGGUUUCAAGGAGAUCUCAUACGAGAACUCCACAUGUGCAUCUGAUCGUCUAGAAGGCACCUGUACAAGAGCUCCACGUUGCAACCCUAAUACAUAUCGUCUGAUGGAUUGCGCAGCAGAGCAUUCAAUGUGCUCGUCUGAGAAUGGCGUCAAAAUAAAAUGUCAUGAGCCAGGAUAUAAAGGAUGCUAUGAACUCGAAACCAUGACAGAACAGAACGGAUUUACUUUCUCAUCGACUGCACGUUGUAUCAAUUCGUGUAAAACACACGAAAUCCAAACUAUCGCUAUUACGAAUCACGUUGAAUGUUUUUGUUCCACAUCUGCCGAAGUCCAGUUGGUAGAUGCACCAAAGUGCAGCGAAGAAACAACGUCGCUAUCAAAAAUGGAAGUUUAUGACGCUUCUAUAGGUUUCUGUGAGGAGCCGAACGACACGAUUGGUGGAUCUUGGGAUUCUAACAUCACAUGGUUUGGUUCUAUCGUUCUUCUUACAUGUAUGGAUGGAUACAGUCUGAAAGGAAAUGGAACCCUGCAAUGUGUGCCGAAAUUAACACCAUAUUAUCCCGUAUGGAACGACACAAUUCCAGAUUGUACAAUGGAUGGAAAGGGGAAUUCGGGCAAAGACAAGGGCAGACAGACGACUCACUCUCAACGCCAACCAACAAUAGAGAUAGAGGAUUCCCUUCAAACUCUGCAAGUUUCCCCGGUGGAUCAACCAGUCCCCCCAGACCCAACACAAACGACUCCUCUACACCAAUUUCUGUGAUAGCAUCUGCAUUACCCGACAAUACACCCG